AUGCUGCAGACCAGUAACUACAGCUUGGUGCUGUCGCUGCAGUUCCUGCUGCUGUCAUAUGACCUCUUUGUCAACUCCUUCUCAGAGCUCCUCCGGAUGGCUCCUGUCAUCCAGCUGGUGCUCUUCAUCAUCCAGGACAUUGCAAUCCUCUUCAACAUCAUCAUCAUCUUCCUCAUGUUCUUCAACACCUUCGUCUUCCAGGCUGGCCUGGUCAAUCUCCUGUUCCAUAAGUUCAAGGGGACCAUCACCCUGACGGCUGUGUACCUGGCCCUCAGCAUCUCUUUUCAUGUCUGGAUCAUGAACUUACGCUGGAAAAACUCCAACCUGUUCGUGUGGACAGAUGGACUUCAAACACUGUUUGUAUUUCAGAGACUAGCAGCAGUGCUGUACUGCUAUUUCUACAAGCGGACGGCUGUGAGGCUGGGGGACCCUCGCUUCUACCAGGACUCUCUCUGGCUGCGCAAGGAGUUCCUGCAGGUGCGAAGGUGA